AUGGCAAGAGGAAGGAAUGCACGAAGCUCUGACGCAAUCGCCGAUUUGCCUGAAAAUCAUCACAACCAACCGCACGAUGAGCCACUUGUCAUGGGAUCCGUCGCCCCCGCGACGGAAACCCUGGUUCCACUGGCUACCGGAAUCACUACCGGAAUGCCCCCACGGGCUCCGGCCCAACCUGUCGCCCCAACCGUCGGGGUAGAGGCGGUUCAGGCCUGGCAGCAGCGUCAGGAGGCUCUGGAGAAUACUGUUAGGCAGCUCGCUGAUGCGGUCAGGGCCCUAGCCCGAGCCCAGCCGCAAAUGGCCCCGAGACAACCAGAGUCGUUGUCACCCCGAAGACCUCGCCACCCGCGAGAGGAAAGACCCCCGCCAAACGAAAGAGAAGCCGAUAGAGUUCCUUCGCCAGAAAGGUCAGUAAAUUCCUCUAAUUCAAGGUCCAAGGAUGCGGACCUCCCGUCACGUCGCUCACCGGAGAGAGGAAGCAGGAGAUCACAGCUCCAAUGGUCUGUGGACCAGGACACCGCCGUUGAGGAGUUGCUCCAAAGGGUGCAGGAACUGGAGGCACGACAAGGAGUUCGUGGCCAAAAUAGUGGCUGCGGAGAACGGACGCCAUUCACAAAGGAAGUUGAACUCGAAACUCUCCCCAGGAGAUUCAAGGUUUCGAGCAUACCACAGUACAACGGAGAUAGCGACCCCUAUGACCACCUGGACGCAUUCAAUGUCCAGAUGGAUCUGCAGACCACCAGCUUGCUGGUGAAGUGCCGGGUAUUCCCCGCGACCUUGGGCGACAUCCCACGCACCUGGCUCAGAAGCCUCCCGUCUCGCAGCAUUGGCAGUUGGGAAGAAUGCCAGCGGAAGUUCCUCGGGCAGUACAGAGCUCUAAGACGACAGCUCGCCCCUCCGUGCCACCUCGCCACGGUCUUCCAAAGGUCGGGCGAGUCCCUCAAAGAUUACAUCGCCAAGUUCCGGCGCGAGGUGAGUAACGUCGAAAGUCCCUCGGAUGAAAGUAUCCUGACGGCCAUCUCGGAAGGUCUCAGGAAAGACGGGAAGCUCUACGAGAGCAUCUAUAAAUCCCCCGUUGCGGAUCUGGGAGAGUUCUAUGAACGAGCUGCAAAGGAGAUCCGGUGGGAAGAAGCGUUCGGUUCGAAGAAGCCCGCCGGACAUAGAGAGGAAGUCGGAAGCUCUAACCGAGACAGGAAAAGGAACGACGGGGAAAACGGAAAGGACAACCGAGGAGAGUUGACUGCACUCUCACCCUCCAAGCGAGCUCGGCGGAAAGAACAAGAGGACCGACCUCCGAGACAAGGCCGUUUCAACAACUAUACGGCCCUAUCAGAUUCUCAAGAAAGGAUCUUCGCAAUGGAAAGGAGAAGAGAGGAUUUCAGGAGGCCAAACCCGAUAAAAACUCCCAACAAGUUCAGAAAUAGGGAGAAGUUCUGUGCGUAUCACGACGAUGUGGGGCACGACACCUCUGAAUGUUACGCUUUGAAGGAUGCAAUUGAAGAACUGAUUCGAAGGGGCCGGCUGCGAGACUAUGUGGUGCGACCUGCAAAUCAGCCACCACAGCAGGCGAAUCAACAACGACCGCCCCCCGAGGAUGAGCGCGCACCAGCAGUUCAGACAAUCUAUACGAUCCACGGCGGUCCUCACCUCGCAGGCACAUCGAACAGGUCGCACGAAAGGUACGUACGCGAGGCUAAUCAUGUCCUAGUGGCAAGAUCUAGCGAGCAGUUGGGAUCAUCAAAGCGAGCCAGGAUGGCAGUGAAAGAAAUCACUUUCUCCGAGGAGGACGCCAGGGACAUACACUGGCCGCACAAUGACGCCCUCGUCAUUCUCGCUCACAUCGGUAACAUGGAGGUGCGAAGAAUAAUGGUGGACACCUGCAGCUCGGUGAACGUGAUGUAUAGGGCCUGUUUCGACCAGAUGGGACUCGGGCCCGAACAGUUGGGCCCAUCCCCAGAGCCACUUUUCGGGUUCACGGGAGAUGCAGUCGUCCCCAUGGGACGAGUUAAGCUCCCAUUCACAAUUGGGGGCGAAGGUCGCGAAGCCACAGCGCUUGCGGAGUUUCUGAUCAUUGACUGCCCCUCAGCAUACAACGUCGUGCUCGGGAGGCCGGUGAUGAACGAGUUGGAUAUGGUCACCUCGACCAGAACGCUGACCGUCAAGUUUCCAACCACCAACGGAACUGGAUGCGUGCGGGGAGAGUAG